CAGUAUGGCCUCGGAUACCCAGGCAGCCUCUGACGUGUCGGGGAGGAGCCGGGCGCGGAGGUGCGCGGAGUGGAGCUCAAGGCUGCGGAGGGGAGAGGAGCUGAGCUGCUGGGCGGGCCUGGCCAGGCCAGCGGAGAGGAGACUGCGGUCGAGCGGCGGCGAAUAUGCGCUUUUGACAUAUUGGAGGCUUUCUUGAUCAUGGAUGGUGAAGAUAUACCAGAUUUUUCAAGUUUAAAGGAGGAAACUGCUUAUUGGAAGGAACUUUCCUUGAAGUAUAAACAAAGCUUCCAGGAAGCUCGGGAUGAGCUAGUUGAAUUCCAGGAAGGAAGCAGAGAAUUAGAAGCAGAGUUGGAGGCACAGUUAGUACAGGCUGAACAAAGAAAUAGAGACUUGCAAGCUGAUAACCAAAGACUGAAGUAUGAAGUGGAAGCAUUAAAGGAGAAACUGGAGCAUCAGUAUGCACAGAGCUACAAGCAGGUCUCAGUAUUAGAAGAUGAUCUAAGUCAGACCCGGGCCAUUAAGGAGCAGCUACAUAAGUACGUGAGGGAGCUGGAGCAGGCCAACGACGACCUGGAGCGGGCGAAGCGGGCAACGAUAGUUUCGCUGGAAGACUUUGAACAAAGGCUAAAUCAAGCCAUUGAACGAAAUGCAUUUUUAGAAAGUGAACUUGAUGAAAAGGAAUCUUUGUUGGUCUCUGUACAGAGGUUAAAGGAUGAAGCAAGAGAUUUAAGACAAGAACUAGCUGUUCGGGAGAGACAGCAGGAAGUAACUAGAAAGUCGGCUCCCAGUUCUCCAACUCUAGACUGUGAAAAGAUGGAUUCUGCUGUCCAAGCAUCACUUUCUUUGCCAGCUACUCCUGUUGGCAAAGGAACAGAGAACAGCUUUCCUUCACCAAAAGCUAUACCAAACGGCUUUGGUACCAGUCCACUGACUCCUUCAGCUAGGAUAUCAGCACUAAACAUCGUGGGGGACCUCUUACGGAAAGUAGGGGCUUUAGAAUCCAAAUUAGCAGCUUGCAGGAAUUUUGCAAAGGACCAAGCAUCACGAAAAUCCUAUAUUUCAGGGAAUGUUAACUGUGGGGUGAUGAAUAGCAACGGCACGAAGUUCUCUCGAUCAGGGCACACGUCUUUCUUCGACAAAGGGCAAGAAAAAGUUAUAUUUCCCACGUUGUUCAUGGGGCAGUAAACGGCUUUGACCCGGCUUCUCCUCCUCCCGGUCUGGGCUCCUCGCGCCCGUCGUCGGCACCGGGUAUGCUGCCUCUCAGCGUGUGAGUGCCUGGCCUCCAGGUCGGGGCUCCCGCCCUCCUGCAACAACCCAGGACACCCACGCCUCACCCCUCGGUGCCCGGGCCCAGCUCGUGCCCCUCCGUCUGCCUCCCCACGGCUGGCAGAGGGCAGGCUGCAUGCAGUGGCGGCUGCUGGGCCCUGCCCAGCCCCAGGACUCUGCGCGACAUCAAUACUGGCUAUUUUCUCUUCUCGCCGUAGUGCCGUUGGUUUCACAUGAUUGCACUUUUGUGGGUCACAAGGUGAUACAUACACGUAUUACUUGGUCACUGGAUGCAGAAGUACCCAUUCAUCACACCUGCCUCAUAGCCCCCUCCCUGCUUUACUGAUAGGAUUUAGUUAUGUUUAGGACAUUGCUGAUCUUCUAGAGGUUCUCCCCCAAAUCAGGUCGACGUGUGCUCUCCUCCUGAGCUCCCACCCAAGCACCUCCAGUGCUCAUGGAUCAUGUGUCCCCCACCUCCACCCCCACGGUUUGGGCCUGUUGCUGGCAAAGAGGAAGGUCACUGAAUUAGGGAACAUUUUCUGCACCUUCUGGUUUUACUUUAGCAGUUAUCAUUCCAUAGACUAGCCUCCCAGAGCAGCAGAAUGCCUGUCUGAGCCCAGGUGGCAGGAGCUUCUGGGACCUGGGCACGUGCAGGGCUGUGCCUCUGCCGUCUCCUCCUCCUCCAUGUGCCUGAGACUCGGAGCAGGGGGUGGUGGCAACCUCCUCGCCAGCUCUCUGGUCCUUUAGUUAAAUGACACCUUCAGACUGUUUUUGUUUUGUUUUCAGAGGGCCUGUCCAGUUGUGUUAGGAAGGGUUGAGUGGCCUGAUUCCAGGGGCUGGCUGGUGCCAGCUCCUGGGGGCAGACUGACCAUAAGUGGUUGUCCCUGUGCAUCCUUUGAUUACUCUCAUGCUGCAUUUACUGUUUACAUUUGUUUUAUUGUACAUAGGUUUGUAAACAUUAUUGCCUAAGAUAUUUGUAUAUAACUUGGGCUUUGUAGCUUUUAUUUAUUCAGAACUCAUAUGGCAUGUUAAAGACUUAUGAUGGUGUCCUACUCUGGGCAGCUGUGUAGGAUCAUCACGUGGUUAAAAAAAAUACUCCCCCUCAAAAAAAAUCUUUUAAUGUGGAAACAAUAAAUUUCACAGAAAAAAAGAAAAAGGAUUGAGGUUGCUUUAUUGGGUUUCUGCCAUCCUGGGAGAGAAGAGCUGGAGUUGCAAAGCCAGGUUCAAAUGUCACUUCUGUUGUGACAUGGGACACGGGGAUGGACAGCAGCUGUGGAAUAGGGCAAAGAAAAUUCAGGCGGCCUCAGGAUGUGUGAACAGGCAUUCUCAUGCUGACUGUUUUUUAUUUAUUUUUUUAAAAAUUGAAGUAUAGUUGAUGUCCAAUUUUACACAAGUUACAGGUAUACAAUAUAGAGAUUCACAAUCUUUAAAGGUUAUAUCCCAUUAAUAGUUACUACAGAGUACCGGCUGUGUUCCCUGUGUUGUACAAUACAUCCUUGUGGCUCAUGUAUUCCUCAUGCUGAUUCUUGAUGCUGGUUUCUGCUCUUAGCUGUGAUUUCCAGGAGCAGCCUGAGAAUAGCCCUGGCCCCGUUUGGAAAUCUGGGAGGAAGGACCUGCACUUUGAGGGAGGCAGCUUGCUAAGUCUUGGAGUAACCGCGAUGGAUCCAGGAGCUGGUCCUCCUGCUGGGUUGCUGUUCAUGACACGUGCUGGUGUUCUGGGAUUAGAGGUUACUUGGAUCCGGGCUUCUCUCCUCGUCCCCUGAGAGAAGGUGCCAGAUGUUUAGUAGCAAGAGACAGGGUGACUGGACUUGAGCAAGUUAACUGGGGCAUCUGUACUAAUGUGUCAGAUUCUGAGCACUGCUUAUAACAAAGAGCAUAAACGGAGUAGUUUGUAGUUUGAAGACUAUAUGUAAAUGAAAAGUAAGUGAAUCCAGUUCCUAAGUGAAUAAGAAACGUUAAGGUAGGAUACAUUAAACAUUUUUUCUUCUGUCAGUGUGCAGGCAGGAAUAGCUUCUGUUAGUUGUUCCUGGAGAUUUCAUCAUAAGUUGGCUCACGAGACACGCUUGUCCUGGUGUGUGUGCUGUGCCCAGCUCUGCUGGCCGAACAGUUGAAAAGAAAACUCCAGGUCUCUUACUGAUGGGCAGCCUCCCAGCUUCUUUCCCAGCCAUCAUUGGAAGGGUUGGAUUAGAUCAGAGGUUUCAACGUUUAGCAGACCUCUUUGUUUAUGCAGGAACCCCAAAUCUAAAACAUAACAAACAGAGCUACUCUGGUUAAAGUAAGGAUGAGUUCUGGAGCUUCAAUCCUUUUCCUUGGCUCCCCAGCGAUUUCUCACUUCCUCUCCAGCUGCACACCCCUGGGAUCAUCUCACCAGUUGUUAUUCAGGCAGUGGCUGGGAGUAGGGCCCUGGCUGCAGGGGCCCACGUGUUAUUCACUGAUGUCACCACUGCUUUGGGUCCAGGAGAGCACAGGCCAGGUCCGUGAAAGUACGGAGUGUGCUGCUAGGCUUAUUUCUGGCCCCUUCAGGACUCCCACAUAGUUUUGGUUUUUGAUAGCUGCAGCAGCCCUUGGCAUAUGACCCCCUGAGGAAGCUGGUUGAUUCCCCAAGCCUCUUUUAGCUUUCUCCGUGGAUUCCAGAUCUUCCUCCACUUACAGUGGGAUUAUGUCCCAGUAAACCCACUCAUUGUAAAUUGAAAAUGCGUUCAAUACACUUAACCUACUGAACAUCAUAGCUUAGCCUCGCCUACCUUAAACAUGCUCAGAACGCUUAGACAUUAGCCAACAGUUGGGCAAAAUCAUCUAACACAAAGCCUAUUUGAUAAUUAAGUGUUGACUAUCUCAUCUAAUUGAUUGAAUAGUGUACUGAAAGUGAAAAACCAAACGGUCGUCUGGGUGCAGAAUGGUUGUAACUGUAUUGGUUGUUGACUCUCGUGAUUGUGUGGCUGACCGGGAACUGCCCUGUCCAGCAUUGUGAGAGAGGAUUGGGUUGCAUAUUGUUAGCCUGGGAGAAGAUUAAAAUCUAAAAUUCAAAGCAUGCUUUCUAUUGAGUGUAUCGCUUUUGCAUCAUGCUAGAAUCAAAAAAAAUCUUAAACCAUUGUAAGUCAGUGACCCUCUGUAUCUGGUUCAAGAUGCUGCUUUGUACUUGCUCAAAUAGAGCAUUUGCUUCCUGGUAUGAAAGUUCUACUGACUGCUGGCCUGUAUAGCUAAAGAUCCUCUGAGUGGGUUCUCUUCCUAGGGCUGCUCGAUUGCCAGGUUUGCGUGGCUCACACUGAAACCUUCAGGAAUGAGCUGCCCCUGGGCUGGGUCCACAUGGUCUCCCCUGCGUGGAGGGGGCUGAUUUUCCAGGUGGCAAAGGACAGCUUCUUGUCUCCAGAUAUUUUCAUCUCACCACCCAUUCCCAUCCCUUGCUCCUGAAACAUCUUCCUGCAUAAAAUAGGAGCCAGUUGAGUGGCCGGAAGUGAUACCCCACCAACUCAGUGAGGAGCCAGAAGCCACAGCUGGGGUGUUGAGUCACAAGUAGGCAAGUGGCAACUAGAUACAGUGACCUGGGCGCAGGAUGAGCUGGUUUUGCCUCGGUCUACAGAUGGGAAGGCGGGCCCAGGGUUUAGGUGACUGGCCUAAGCUCACACAGCUGGUUCACGGAAGAGCCAGGUUUGGAAAGGAGCCCAGUGUUUUUCUGUCUUCACCACCUUCACCACCUUGUCAAACUCGAGGCCUCGCUGGCCUUGACUCUGUCUCAUGCCUCAGGAGGUGAGCUGAUUCUGAACGCUUGGAAGUGAUGCGCACGAAGGUGACACAGCCUUUGCAGCGGGAGGAAUGCGGCUCAUCCACCCUCCUCCUCUCCCAAUCUUGUCUGUCGUGUGUGGACUCUUUGUUUCUCUCAGAAGCUGUCUUGGAGACGCCAUUAGCAUCUCCUGCGACCCAAGGUGGAAGCUGGCACCUCUGGGGAAGGGGACAUGACCUGGGGUGUGGCAGUGGCUUUAGGGGGCAGCCUGUAGCCAGGUCUCUCCUGCCUGGCCGGUGGUGGGAACAGGGCCUGAGGGGGGUUGGGUCCAGGCUGUCAGUUGUCCACACUGUUUGCCUAGAGGAUGCUAAGAUAAGCCUUUUCUACAUUCUGACUUUUACUUCAUGGGUUGUUUUUCUCUCUAUAUUUGCCUCAAAGUUUGAAACAAAUUGAGAGCACUAGCUUGGCCUUUAAAAUUUGAAUGUGUUUACUGAAUUCUUUUCUAAAAAUGGGAGCGGGGGCAGGAGGCAUCUUUGCAAACCAUCUUCCUAUGACUUAGAGCAUCUUAUCUAACAACUGGUCCCAUGACUUAAAAAUAUGAUAUAUGGGAAUACAGUGGCCCUUUUUUAAUUUUAAGGAAAAACAAUCUCUAGUAAAUAUUAAUGUAACAGACUUCUUUUAUGAGAUAGUGCAUGUGAAGAGGCAAAUUGGAAAACAGAGCGAAGCUUAUGGUGCUGGUGUUUGUGCCAUGUGGGGUUAUGAUUUGGAGUCAUGCUUUAUCCUGCUGCCCACCUGCACCCACAGGAGUUAUGUUAGUGUUUGGAAACUGAACAGAUGUUUCACUUGUUUACCUGUGGGGUGUUUUCUAAUCCGGUAUCAAGUUUGCUGCCCCCAUUGAAAUAUGGGCAUUCUGCUUGGGUCAUGAUAUGCAGGUGGAGGCCUGGGAAUGAGGUGCUGGGCUGGCAGGACUGGGCAAGUUUUCUGUGCAGUGGAUCAACAGCGACGUCUGUGUGAGGCUCAGAGCCUUGUCAGUAGAUGGAGCUGUGAAGCAGUUUUUUGCUUCUAAAAAAAGUGAGUGCUUUAACUGCCCACCCUCCCCAGCAAAUCCUGCUGUCACCUAGAAUUUAGGGGACUAGGUACACUUUUACAUAUUGGUGUCACUAAAUUAGCCUCUGUAAGUCUUGACUCAGUCUAACAAUGUGAUAAGCUGUAACAGCUCUUCAUCUGUGGUAGUAAGAACAAACAAAAUCGGUCUCAACAGUACUAAUAUAGAUG